AUGCCGAUAUUCUGCCCCCGCUGCUCAAGCUACUGGAUAAUCAGGACGGCGCCUGCCGGGAGGACGCUACUUGGGUCUUAUUUAAUUUAUCGAGCAACCGCGAUCCCAACCAGAUCGCAUACCUUGCCGAGAAGAACGGCGUUCGUGCGUUAUGUAACCUCCUAA